UUGCAUUAUUAGAGUCAGACUACAAUUAUAAAUUAUUGUGACUUUCGCAUACAGUCAUGCAAUACCUUAACUCCAGCAAACUAUUAACCAGAUAUCUGUUUUCAAAACGCACUGCAAAUUAUGCCCAGAUGAGAUUUAGUUCCAAGAUGUCUUCUGAUUUUGUCAAAGUAUCUCCAGAUGUUCAGGAUGCUGUUGCCAGAGGAAGAGCAGUGGUAGCUCUAGAAAGCACCAUUUUAACACAUGGUUUGCCCAUAGGUACCAAUUUGAAGGCUGCCAAACAUCUCGAGUCUCUUUGUGACAAUUGUGGAGUUUUGGGAUCCACCGUAGGAGUGAUUGAUGGACAACUAAAGGUUGGACUAACUGAAGAAGAGCUGACUUUCUUAUGCAGUGGUGAUCCACAUCUCAAAAAGAUUUCGAGGCGGGACCUUCCGAACGUCUUCGCCAAUAGCCAAUCAGGAGGCACCACCGUUUCCUCAACUCUCAUUGGUUGUCAUGCGGCAUCGAUUCCAAUUUUUGCCACUGGAGGGCUAGGUGGCGUACAUAGACAUGUCGAGAAAUCGUGGGACAUCAGCGCUGACUUGGAAGAAAUUUCUCAUACUCCCGUAGCUGUGGUUUGUUCAGGUGUCAAAAGUAUCCUGGAUAUUCCGAAAACCUUACAAUUUCUCGAAACGAAAGGAGUAAACGUGGUAUCAUUUAAAUCAGAAUAUUUCCCUACUUUUUUUUCUAACUCUACCGAAAUAAAAUCGCCUUUCAAGUGCCAAGACUUAGAUGAAUUGACUAGAUUGUUGUUAUUUGUCAGAAAGAGUAGUUUGAACAGCGGUUUAAUUAUUGCAAACCCGCUGCCUGAAAAUUUAUUGGUUGAUUCUGGAAUGAUUGAAGAAGCGAUACAAGAAUCGAUAGAAACUGCGGACAAAUUGGGAAUCAGCGGAAAAGAUUUCACUCCUUUUGUUUUGGAUAAGGUUCGCAAACUAACUGAUGGUAAAAGUCUUCAAAUUAAUUUGUCUCUUGUUGAAAAUAAUGUCAAGUUAGCUUGCGAAUUGGCAAAAAGUUACAGACAAAAAAUGAUAAAAUUGAGACAAAAAUUGAAUUCUUGUUUGCAAAGCUCAGAAGAUGUUUUGAAGAAAAGUCCUUUAGUCAUCGGUGGUAUAAAUAUAGACAUGACCAUUAAGCCGACAGCUCAACCUUCACCGGCUUCGGUUCCGAGUGAGAUUAACUUAACACUCGGCGGCGUGGGCAAAAACAUAGCAGAAGCACUUCAUUAUCUGAAAUGCAACCCAAAUUUUAUAUCAUGCGUUGGAAACGACCCAUUGGGGAAAUUAGCCCUUGAAACUAUCCCAGUAGGUCAAGAAAACAUUCUGAUAAGUGAUACCCACCCAACGUCUAUCUACUCCUUAGUUCUUCAUCCGGCAACAUCAGAAUUACUCCAUGGAUAUGCCCAAAGUCAGAUUCAUCAUCAGAUUUCGGUCGAUUUUGUGGCAAAAAACGAAGAUUUAAUCAAAUCAUCUUCCGUUGUAGUUCACGAUGGCAAUAUUUCUCCUAGUGCUUCGAGACAGAUAUUUUCGAUUUGCAAACAAAACAAAAUUUCUCUUAUUUUCGAACCAACAGAUUACGCUGGUUGCUCAAAUUUUGCCCAAGUUUUAGCAGAAAACCCAAAAGUUUGCAAAUUUAUUACUCCUAAUUUGAAAGAGUUGAUAGUGCUGAAUGAUUCAAUCGGCCAAAUCAUGUCAAAUAAAAGGAAUGAUGAAAGGUUUGGAAAAUCAACACUUCAAAAAGCGAUGCAAACUGACGAAAGAGUGACAGACGAUAACUGUUUGCAUCUCGUGGCCAAAAAUUCUGAAAAGGCUCUUAGAGUUUCGGAUUCCAUUCUGGUAUCCCUUGGACAUUUAGGAAUCAUCGUAGCUUCUGAAAACUUCUCAGAACUUGAAAUGACGCAACUAGCAGAAAGUUCACAAAACAGGCUAGAAGAAAACACGAUUGGUUUUUAUCAUUUCAAAGUGAAAAAAAUUGACGAUGCAGUUUCGUGUUCAGGCGCUGGCGAUUCUUUUGUAGCUGGCUUUGUUUCAAGUUUCUUUCAGAGAAAGAAAAAUCUGUCCGAAAGUGUGAAAUUUGGACUGCAAUGUGCUAAGGUUGCUCUUAAAACUGUAGAAGCAGUAAAUCCAGACAUCAAAAGAUUAUCUACCUGAAUUGUCGCUAUUUAGACUUUUAUGAUUUAAAAAGCAAAGUUUUUUGUUACAAAUUUAUAAGACUGAAUCCAGUGAGAA